AUGGCCAAUGAUAAUUUUGUUCAACCUUCAAUCCCACGAUUUGAUGGUCAUUACGACCAUUGGAGUAUGCUCAUGGAGAAUUUUCUUCGGUCCAAAGAAUAUUGGACAGUGGUGGAGUCUGGAGUUUUAAUGCUACCAGAAGGUGCAACUGAUGCACAGAAAGCUGAGCAUGAUUGCUUGCGGUUGAAAGAUUUAAAAGCAAAGAACUAUCUUUUCCAAGCGAUUGAUCGGGCUGUUUUGGAGACUAUCCUAUGUACAGAUACAUCAAAGCAAAUUUGGGAUUCACUGAAGAAGAAGUAUCAAGGGAAUGCGAGGGCUCGACGGCAACAACUGCAAAGUCUCAGAGCUGAAUUCGAGACUUUACAAAUGAAACUAGAGGAAUCUGUUUCAGAAUACUUCUCCAGGACAAUGGUUAUAGCAAAUAAGCUCCGAAUUCAUGGUGAAAAAAUGAAGAAUGUCACUAUAAUUGAAAAAGUUCUAAGGUCUAUGACAACAAGGUAUAACUAUAUUGUCACUGCCAUUGAAGAAUCUCAUGAUCUUGAUGAAAUGACCUUAGAUGAACUUCAAAAUUCACUGCAAAUACAUGAGCAAAAAGUUAAGAAACAGGAGAAGGAGGAGCAGUUGUUGCAGGCAUAG